GUCAGCCGAGUGUUUAUUCGCGGAGCUGCAGGGGAUGUAGCGGAGCGGAUCUGCGGCCACUUCGUUUUUACACAACUGCCAAGAAACUUCACCUCCCAGGGUGAAGACUGCUGCGACAUGGACGGCUUUUAUGACCAGCAGGUCCCCUUUGUGGUCCCUGAGAGAAAAUGUCACACGGGGGGAGCAGAGAGAUGCCUCAGCGACAGAAAGAGGAAGUUCAUGGACACAGAGCUGGCUCAGGACACAGAAGAGCUUUUUCAAGAUCUGAGUCAGCUCCAAGAAAUUUGGAUUGCAGAAGCUCAGGUUCCUGAUGACGAGCAGUUCGUCCCAGAUUUCCAGUCCAGUAACUUGAUGUUUCAUGGACCGCCUGCCAGUAAAGUGAAGCGAGAAUCCAGUCUGUCCAAAGACCUGUCUCCCUGCAGAACGCCUCAGGCUGACAUGUGCCUUUAUAGUUACAGUGCCUGUGACAGCAAGCCAGCUCUGACUGCAGCCUCCACUCCUGCAGCACAGUGUGGCUCCAUCCAUCCUGCUGCACCUCCACCCUUACAGAGGCAGCUUCAGCCAUCGACCCCCCAGCUCACCAACAACUGCUCCCCGAGCCACGUUCCUGCCCUCAGCCCCUCCCAACAUCACAGCCUCCCACAGGCCCACCAAAACCGGCAGUUUGCUUUGCCGCAUCCUCCCAUCAGCUGCUCCACAGCGCCUUUCAACACAGAACAAAGGUUUCAACGGCAGCUGUCGGAUCCCUGCCUGUCCUUCCUCCCUCCAGAGAAAACGACAAACACAGCGUAUCACCCCGCGGGGCGAGAUGGGCGGCCUCUGUACCAGCGUCACCUUUCGGAGCCCCUUGUUCCUCCGGGCCCCAGAGGUUUCAAACAAGAACUGGUGGACCCGCGGUAUCCAGAUCCAGGGCCUCCUGGUCCCGGUCUGACCCGGCCCCAGACCUCCUUCAGCCAUGUCACGAUUAAACAAGAGCCAAGAGACUUUGGCUUCGACUCAGAGGUCCAGACCUGCCAGUCGUCUUCAGUGUUUUACCACAACAACAGUGCAGGGUUUGGUCACGACAGAGAGCCACGUUUGUACUAUGACGACACUUGUGUUGUGCCCGACAGAAUGGAAGCUAAAGUCAAGCAGGAGGGUUUGCCGUACCAACGCCGCGGCUCCCUGCAGCUCUGGCAGUUCCUGCUCACGCUGCUGGACAACCCAGCUAACGGACACCUGAUCGUGUGGACGGGACGCAACAUGGAGUUUAAACUAAUCGACCCCGAAGAGGUGGCUCGGCUGUGGGGCAUCCAGAAGAAUCGGCCGGCGAUGAACUACGACAAGCUGAGCCGCUCACUGCGCUACUACUACGAGAAGGGCAUCAUGCAGAAGGUGGCUGGAGAGAGGUACGUCUACAAGUUUGUGUGCAACCCCGAGGCGCUCUUCUCCAUGGCCUUCCCAGACAACCAGAGGCCGAGUCUGAAGACCGACCCGGACACCGUCGUACCUCCCAGCGAGGACGACGCCGUCCCCCUGCCCAGCUAUGAGGAGGAGGGUCCCUACCUGGUCGAAGGAGGGGAGCAGUGCAUCCAGGGCCUGGCUUUCCCUGACAGCUACCCAUAUUAGACUCCACAGCCUGGCAGCUGCAGGAAAACUUAUGUUAACAGGCUAAAAUUACUGAGCAGUGUUUGAGAUUGUCAGUAUGUUUUUCCACGUAAUCUGUCACUAAAAAGAAAAAUUAAGUGUCUCUUUUGCCAAUUUUUUUUUUUUUUAAUUAAGAUUUAAUCAGAAGCUGAAAGUCAGUGAUUCUCUGAGACUGUUAAACUAAUUCCCUCAGACGAAAAUGCAAUUCUUUGUCCAAAACUUUUGUAGUUCUGAUUUGGAUUCAUGUGUUAUGAUGGAUUUAGGGUCACAGCUGCAAAAAGACAGAUUUCACGAGUAAGUUUUAAUAUUUUGAGAAAAGACGCAUAUGUUACGAACAAGUAUUUUAAAAUACCACGAGGAACUUGUUGUUUUACAAUAAAAAGCUUGUUUUAAAGAAAAUAAAAUGUAAUAAUCUUACUGAAAAAGGCACUUUGAGAUAAAAAUGUAUUUGUCCAAAAAAAGUUAUGAGUAAAUUAAUUAUCAUGGGAUUAUAUAAUGUCACAGUAUGAUGACAAAAAUAUUAUUUUUACAGUAUAAAGCAUUUGAAUCCAUGAUACAAGAUAAGAGCUGUAAUUUGAUAAUCAACUAGAAAUUACAGUUUUGCUGUAAAGCAACACAUUAUUUUUCAAUCUCUUGCUGUAAAUAUGUGACAUUAUUCUUGAGAUAUUUCGGCUUUUUCUUGUAAAAUUGACGACAAAAACAUGAAAACUUUUUUUUUUUUCUCAAAAUAUUUCAACUUAAAUUCUGGACUUGCUUGACAGUCGCAGGUGUAGUAAUAGUGGUAAUUUUGUAGCAUGGCCGUCGCUGUAGUCCUCACGUAUGUGAACUCUGGGAUCUGUAUUUCAACCAAAAAGUAUCUCAAAGCCAUGGCACACUUUUACUAAUUUACUUCUAAUUGUAUUUUAUGUGAACCUUAGACUGCUUGAAAGGGACACGUAUAUUUUCCAGACCUUGUAAUCCUCUAAACAUGUACAUUGAAAUGUCUUUUGUGUACUUUUUCUUGUUUUCAAAGCUAAUAUUUUUGGCAUUAUAUGGACUUGUAAGUUUUUCCUAUUACCGUUUUAUGACAAAGGUACUGCUUCUAUUUUUGAUUCUGUAAUACUGCCACUCUAAUCCUAAGCAUGGACUUUCUUACAAAUGGCUCACCAGUUAUUGUACCGAGAUAGUUUUCUGCAUUUUGUAUAGUUGAGUUGCUUCGAUGUGUAGAAAAAGUGUAUAAUUAUAUAUGGAUAUAUUUUUGCAAAAGGCUGCAUUUGCUUGCUAAUGUAUUGCAUCAGCUCUCCAUGGAGGAGUGACGUAUACUCUGUGCAGAUAGAAGAUGGAUGUAAUGGUAUAUUUUGCUAACUGAACACAUGGUUGUAUGAGAUGCUGACACUGGUGUGACCUCGACCCUCAGAUGCUGUAUGUGUGCCUUCUGUUGAUCUAUACUGACACAAUAAACUAUUUUACUCUUUUCUUU